AUGAUACCAGCUUCCGUGAAUGAUGUAUACAAGAAAAUUCUUAGUCGCGUGCCUUCUCCUGAACUGGACACUGUACGAAAGACUUUGCAGAUUAUCGUUGCAGCACGACGGCCUUUGACAAUACCGGAGAUGGCUAUAGCACUAGGUGUGGCAACUAGCCUAGAUUCGCAGACAAUAGCAGAGGCGAGACUUGAUGCAUCCCUGACCGGUGAGAAGCUCCUUCGAUUAUGCGGACUUUUUGUUUUCAUCAACAAUUCCAAGGUCUAUCUUAUUCAUCAAACAGCAAGGGAGUUCCUAAUCGCAAAGACUGUUUCCACUACCAUUGAUUCUAUAUACCCGUGGAGCUUUAGUGAAGCCGAAGCUCAAAUGGGCUCUGUUCGUUUACGAUAUCUCUUGGCAGAAGAUUUGGAAAAGGAUGAAGAGCCCCUUGAUACUCGAGCUUUCUUUGAAUAUUCAGCAGUACAUUGGCCGGGUCAUGUACGAACGAUGGCUUUGGGUUCCAUGCCACUAAUUGCGAAUCAACUGCAUCGAUUAUAUGAUACAAGGACAAAAUUGUUGUCACUGUGGUUCCCAAUUUUUUGGAAAACAUUCAGGCCAUAUAACACGACGCCUACGCUGAAUGCAUUACACAUAGCAGCCUUUAAUGGCCAUGAGCAGGAGGUUGACUAUCUACUUGAGGUGGAUAAAAGCGAUAUCAAUGCAGCAGAUAGUACAUUGACAUACCCUAUCAUAUGGGCAUCAUUAAAUGGACAUGACAUAGUGGUGCACAUGCUACUGAAGAAGGGAGCCGAUGUCAACGCCCAGGGUGGACGUUACGGAAAUGCGCUCUAUGCUGCUUGUUCUGAAGGACACGACAAGAUUGUACAGAUGCUGCUCGAGAAGGGAGCCGAUGUCAAUGCUCCGGGUGGCUAUUACGGAAAUGCGCUCUAUAUUGCUUGUUCUGGAGGACACGACGAGAUCGUGUAUAUGUUGCUAGAGCGACAAGCAGAUCAAUCGACACUUUCCUUCCCUCAUCCUAAGAGGCUUAAGCUGUUUUGA